AUGCGCAGGGCAGUUGUAUCCCUCUCGUCGUCGGAUCUGCUGUCGGACGCCGGUGCAAGAGGUGCCUCGCUUCGCGCAGUAGACGACAUCGCCUUCCGGGACGGUGCAGCCGCAAUCAUACUUGUAGAAAUAUUGCGAGCACAUUUUGAAGAGAUGGCCUUUGAAGUAAACCGGUUAUAG